AUGGAGAGACGGGUACUGUACAGAUGCCAUUUGUUGACUUUUCAGGCUGAGCCCAAGCUGUUAUCCAGGCAAGCGUCGUGUGGGGAAGCUCAUCAGCGGAGACUGGAGCGGCAGCCGGAGGAGACUCGCCACGAGGAGGCCGGGGAGGAGAGAAACCCUGAGCUGCUGGAGACCAUCAAUCAACUGGAGAGGGAGAAUCUGCUGCUCGUGUACCAGGUGGAGCUGCUCCAAGAUAUACUGGAGGGGGCGGAGGAGAAACUCGCUGAGACACAGCACAGACACACGCAACUGCGCAAGGCACUGGAGGCUGAGAAACUCACCAACGCAGCUCUGCAGCAGAAGAUCAGUUGGUUGCAGCUGAGCCUGGUGGGGAGAGAGGACAAACCCAAUCCCCCAGGAAACCCAGAUACAGACAUUCAGAGGAAGAGACACAGUCAGGGUUCACCAUCCCCCGAGUCUCGCCAAGUGAAGGAGGGAGAUUCAGGCAACGAGAGGCCGAGCACAGAGGAUAAAGUCAAGAGUGAAGGGAAAUCCCAGGUCCCACAGUGUUUACACUCCGUGAAAUCCCAGGAGAUUCCGGGAUUCAGAGUGUCCCCAGAGAGACAGGAUUCCCGAGAAGGGAAGGAACGAGGAAGGGAGGGAUAUCGGUCUGAUUCGGGAGGAAAUGCACAGAAAGACAGUGUGGCUGAGCGAGAUGGGGGGGAAAACAGGGAAGGAGGAGCCAGGGAGCGCAUUGAGGAAGAGAAGGUUGUGAUGGAGGAGAACAGGGAGCUUGAGAGACACCAAACGGAACGAGUGGCCGAGGUUAUGACUCCGGCGCCUGGACACCCUCCCCCCGAGGGCAGGCGGGCGGCACCCGACGACAAUGGGGCCAUCAUGGAGCGAAGCUGCGAUGAAGAAACAAAAUGUGUAAAUUCUGAAGGACAAAGCGGGGGAGAGGGGAGAGGAGACGAGGAAAGGUGGGAAGGAGGGAACGUGUCAGAGAAAAGUGAUGAGUGGAGGAGGGAAGGUUUGGGACAGGAUGGUGUGAAUGAAGAAAGGCCGGGAAUAGAUCCGUUGGGAAUUUCAAUCGAGGUCACACAUACCGAGGACAGGCGACCAGAGAGGAACGAGAAGCCAUGGGUGUGGGAGGAGAGGGAGGAUGGAAGGAUUAAGGUCAUGUGGGAUGAAAGAAUAGAGGAUGGAGAGAACGUGGGUCCGAGAGGGAAGGAGAUUGGUGUUUGGCUGGAAAAGAGGGAAGAAAUCUCGGGGGGAAAUGGCCCUGUUGUUGUUUCGGGAGCUGGAGACGGAAUUGAUGGCGAGGAUGUGGAGAAGAGAAUUGAAGCUGAGGACAGAGAGGGAGAGCAGGAGGUCAGGCCGGCUCAGGCGGCUUCGAAUCCAGUGCAGGAAUUGGAGGAGAAAGGGGCUGUGGGUGGGGAUGAGAGGCAGGAACCAGCAGAGGGAGAAGCAACAUUCCGGUUUGAGGAGCAAUGUAACGAGCCCGAGAGCGAAGGAGGCCUCGGGAGCAACCGAGAAACAGAGAGAAUGUCACAGGAAUGUAAGGGAGGAACAGAGGAAGGAGAGAACGGGAGAAGAGAGGAAGGCAAAACGGUGCAGCAUGAAUCAGGGAGUGAGAAUGGCGGUGAGGAGGUCGACGGUGGAGACGGGAUCACGAAGGGAGAGGGGAUUGAACAGACGGCGCUGUUAGAAUCUCAGGGACAGAAAAUCGUGACGGAUGAAGUCGUGGGGAGGAAAGAGACGGAAACAAAGGCAAAUGGUGGCAGUGUCGAACGCAGCGAUAGUGUGAGGGGAAAGAGGGUGUUUGAGGCGUUCGAGCAGCUGCUCAGGAAGAUUGUGAGCAGAGAGGAGAGAGUGACUGCCAGCGAGGGCGAGGGGGGGCUGGGCCAGGAGGAGGGGGAGCAUGUUCCUGUGGCAGAGCCACAAGCAGAGGAGAUAACCAGGAACGAAGACUGUUCUGUCGGCUCAGCAGAUACAAGGUCGAUAGUGGUAGAAAAGAAACCAUUAGUGGAAAUGGUUUCUGCGGAUGGUGGGCUGGCCUGGAGUGGGCUCGAGCAAACCGGCGUCCAUACAGGAGAGGAACUGAGUGAAGCGCGUGAGACGGCGAUGGAUGAUGAAUCCGACAAAGAUAUAUACAAGGUAGAGGGAAGCACAGAGGAUGAUUCAGAAUCUGCUCAGGUAGCGGAUGUGGAUGGACAGCACAGAGGCCUCGACCUACACAGGGGAGAACCAAAUCCCAACACAGAUCCCACAGAACUUCCUGAGGAAGGCGUCCAACUGAGGGACAACGUCAGGAACAGGAAGAGCUUGAAAAGGGACAGCAGCCAAAGAGAGACCUGUCACAUAUCAUAGGACAUUCCUGAGUCCUUCAGCGCCUUGAGACAUCCUCCUGACAUGACAACCAUGUAAAUAUGUGUUGUUGUUUCAUAGCUCUGGUAAAUUGACACCCAAUCACAGAAGAAGGUCUUAUUCUAAGAGACGUAUAACAAUUUGCACAAGUUUGAUUAAAAAAUUAUAAUUGUA